UAGAGUUGAAUUAUGUUUAUCUGAUUAUUAUUCAGACCGAACACGAAGAAACAAAAAUUCAACAAAAACAAAGACAAAGUUUCGUUUUAGCUUAAAGGUUCCAGAUUUCGAAAAAGCUCUCUUUUUUUUUCUCCUUCGUGUUACACAACCAUUUCUAGGUAAUGUUUUGAUUUCGAAAGAGCUCUCUUUAUAAUGAUUUUCAUUUGUGAUUCUGGAAAUCAAAUCGUUCUAUUGAAAUUGGGGAUUUUUUUUCGAUUAGGGUUUGUUUGGUUCCUGUUAAAUUAUCAAACGUUCCUGCAUUUAAUUGAUUUUUGGUCUUCUAAUAUUUUGGAGCUUCUUCUUGUUGUUACAGAUAUCAUUUUGGUGAUUAAGUUAUUUAAGAAAUGGCUGAUCAUUUGAGUUUAUGUACCGAUCGUCUCAUAACAUCUGAGAGCUUGGACUCAGAGAAAGAUUCAGAUUCUUCAGGAGAAAGUUCUUACCGGCCUCAAGGCACAGACUUGGCUUCUUCAUCUGUGAAUGAAACUGAGGUUCCUAGAGAGUACUACGCGGUUGCGGAUGAGGAAGAACCUCUUCUCCAAUCUGUUGAGUGUCGUAUUUGCCAAGAGGAAGAUAGUACUAAGAACCUUGAAGCUCCUUGUGCUUGUAAUGGUAGUUUAAAGUAUGCUCACCGCAAGUGUGUUCAGCGUUGGUGUAAUGAGAAAGGCGACAUAACCUGUGAAAUAUGUCACCAGCCUUAUCAACAUGGAUACACUGCACCUCCGCCUCCUCCUCCUGAUGAAACUAUAAUUCACAUCGGUGACGAUUGGGAGAACGGAGUUCCGUUGGACUUGACCGACCCGCGCAUUCUGGCAAUGGCGGCUGCAGAACGUCAUUUCUUGGAAGCAGACUAUGAUGAAUAUUCUGAGAAUAACUCAAGCGGAGCUGCCUUUUGUCGCUCUGCUGCUCUCAUCCUAAUGGCACUUUUACUGUUACGAGAUGCGCUAAAUCUCACAACGAACCCAGACGACGAGGACGAUCCAACUGCCUUCUUCUCUCUAUUCCUUCUUCGUGCUGCUGGUUUUCUCCUCCCAUGUUACAUCAUGGCAUGGGCCAUCGGUAUACUACAACGUCGAAGACAAAGACAGCGGCUCUAGCUGCCGCAGAAGUUACUUUCAUGAUACACGGUGGUGGGCCUCAACGCAGAGGACUGCACUUUGCUGUAGCACCGCAGCCGCCGAUAUCCAAUGUCCCAACACCAGUUUGAUCCUUACCGGCAAUGAUUCUCCGUUAAGGCUAUUAGAUAAAACCUUGAACUUGGUUAUAAGAACUCUACCUACUUAUGCUUCUUCAAAUGUUAUUAUCUUCCUCUUAUGUUUGUGUUAUCUGAAUCUGUUAAAUGUCUACUUCGGCUCUCAAAUGUUUUACAAAGAGCUCUCACGGUAUACUAUGUACAGUCUUAUUAUUAUCAUAUGAUUAUAUAAGUAUUAUAUUUUUAUUUACCUUUUAUAAAUUUAUUUGGUCAACCA